AUGGACUUCGACGAGUACGAUUAUCUGGAGAAGACUGUACAGGAGAACGACGAGCGGGACUCGAAGAAGAAAACGAAGAAGGACGGAACCGAGAAGAGUUACAGAAAAAGAGAGGUUGACGACGACGUUUCGGUCGGUGCCGAAGAUGAGGAUAGGAAGAGCAGUAAGAGGUCGAAGGGCGAGUACGAGAAUGGCCGCGAUAAGGAUCGGCACCACAGAAGUGGUAGAGAGAGGGAGAGAGAGGGCGAAAGGGACAAGGACCGAGAUCGUGAUCGCGAGCGGGAAAGAGACAGAGACAGGAGUAGUAGAGAUAAGGAGAAGGAGAAGGAGAAGGAGAGAGAAAGAGAGAGGAGGGAGAGAGAUAAGGAGAGGGAAAGAGAGAGGAGAGAUAGAAGAGAAAGGGAGGAGAGAGAGAGAAGAGAGAAGGAGGAGAAAGAGAGGUCUAGGAGGAGUGUGAGUCGAUCCGAACGUGAAGAGAAAGAUAGGCCUCGCAGAAGUAGUGACCGUGAAGAGAAAGAGAGGCCUCGCAGAAGUAGUGACCGCGAAGAGAAAGAAAGGCCUCACAGAAGUAGCGACCGCGAAGAGAAAGAGAGGCCUCGCAGAAGUAUCGACCGCGAAGAGAAGGAGAGGUCUCGCAGAAGUAGGAGCCGCUCUGAUCGUGAUAGGGAGAGGGAAAUUAGAGAAAGGGAACGAGAAAUUGAGUUGAGAGAGAGCAGGAGGUUUAAAGACAAAAAAGAAGCGGUGGAGCCUGAAGCUGAUCCAGAAAGGGAUCAGAGAACUGUUUUUGCUUACCAGAUGCCACUGAAGGCAACCGAGAGAGAUGUUUAUGAAUUUUUCUCAAAAGCGGGCAAGGUGAGGGAUGUACGACUGAUCAUGGACAGGAAUUCUAGACGGUCAAAAGGAGUUGGGUAUAUUGAGUUUUAUGAUGCAAUGUCUGUGCCAAUGGCUAUAGCUCUCUCUGGCCAACUACUUCUAGGACAACCUGUAAUGGUAAAACCUUCAGAGGCUGAAAAGAAUCUUGUUCAGUCCAACACAUCUGGUGGGGCCGUAGGUGUUGCAGGACCAUAUGGUGCAGUUGAUAGGAAACUGUAUGUAGGCAACUUACAUUUUAACAUGACUGAGACUCACCUUAGAGAGAUUUUUGAACCAUUUGGUCCAGUGGAACUCGUGCAACUUCCCCUUGAUCUUGAGACAGGACAGUGCAAGGGGUUUGGCUUUGUUCAAUUUGCUCAUCUAGAACAUGCAAAGGCAGCUCAAAGUUUGAAUGGAAAGUUGGAGAUUGCUGGUCGAACCAUCAAGGUUUCAUCUGUUACGGAUCAUGUUGGAUCACAAGAGACUGGAGCAAAAUCUGCAGACUUUGAUGAUGAUGAUGGGGGUGGUUUGUCUUUAAAUGCCCAAUCGAGAGCAUUGCUAAUGCAGAAGCUGGAUCGCACUGGUAUUGCCACAAGUAUUGCGGGGUCUCUUGGAGUUCCAGUGCUGAAUGGGUCGGCACCAAAUCAACGAGCUGGUACUUUGCCGAUCAAUGGCCAAGCGGCAGUCUCUGCUCCAAUUCUUCCGGCUACAGUUAUGCCGUUUGCAGUCACCGAACCCAUUGGAAACCCCAGUGAAUGUCUACUAUUAAAGAAUAUGUUUGAUCCAGCCACUGAGAGGGAGCCAGAUUUUGAUAUAGACAUUAAAGAUGAUGUUGAAGAAGAAUGCUCGAAAUGUGGCCGGGUGAAGCAUAUAUACGUGGACAAAAACACUGCUGGUUUUGUGUAUUUGCGGUUUGAAACUGUGGAAGCAGCAGCUGCAGCGCAACAAUCUAUGCAUUUGAGAUGGUUUGCAGGCAGGCAGAUUUCAGCCCUGUUCAUGCAACCGCAAGUGUACGAGGCCAGGUUUGGAGCGUAG